UUAAUGGCUCUUUUGCUAUUGCGGCAAGCAUUGUCUGUAACUGAUGGCGAGGGAGAUGGAGACGGUGAUGAAGACGCAUCUACUUUCUUCUCCCUUUCCUUGCUUCGAGUUGCCGGUUUUCUUUUGCCUUGCUAUAUCAUGAUCUGGGCCAUUAGUAUCUUGCAACAGCGAAGGCAGAGACAGGAAGCUGCAGCACUGGCGGCAACACAAUUUGCAAUCGUGGUACAAUCCGCUCAAAGCAGCAGAGGCCUUCUGGUCGCAUCCGCUGCCCCUGCAGUAGCUUCUCUUGCCACUCCACAUCGGGAACAGGUGUAAGUAAACGACAAUCCCUGUGCCAUUUACGUGCAUUGGGGUGUUACUUUUAUAUGCAGCAGGAAAAUUAUGCUGAAGACAUUGAAUUUCCUCAGUAUUGAAGUAUGUUUCCCUUUCGUUUCAAUCUGAAAUCCCUAAUGUUAGAAUUGUGUGUGAAUGUUGGAUUCUUUGAGUGAGCUUUCUUGGAGAACUGGUCGAGAGCUUAAUUAACUUCAUCAAAAUGUAUUUAUAUUUCUUUAAUCUAAUGUAUUUUACAUGUUUCUCUA